AUGUCCGACCGCAAUGCUCUUUCUGCUCGAGCAAUUCCGUUCAUGGAGCUAUCAGAUGGAUCAGAUGCUUCACUGACUGCUCCACCGCCACCGCUGCCACACUAUUUGAAUGCUGAAGGAAGAGCUAUGGCCCGUUUUGCUGUCGAGGGCAAUGCUGUCAUAACUGGAGGAGCUGGUACUCUCGCCUUAGCAGCAGCACGAGCACUCCUGGAACAUGGCCUGGUCAAUCUCACCCUCUUCGACCUGCGCUCAACCUUUGACUCAUCAGACGAAGCAAUAGAAGCUCUCCAUACCGACUUCCCCUCCGCCAAAAUAAUCUGUUCAGCCGUGGACGUCACAGACGCUGAAGCCGUAACCCGUGCUUUCGACGCAGCAGCCGCCAGAUACUCCAUCGAUAUCCUGCUUUGUUUCGCAGGUGUAGUAGGAUGUCUUCACGCUAUUGAAAUGACACCAGAGCAAUGGCGCCGUACCCUCGAUAUCAACACCACUGGUUCCUUCCUCUGCGCUCAAGCAGCCGCAGCACACAUGCGCAAGCAAAACACCGGCGGCAGCAUCGUCUUUACCGCCUCUAUCAGUGGCCACCGCGUCAAUUUUCCGCAACCCCAAGUCGCUUAUAAUGUCAGUAAAGCUGCUGUGAUUGCUAUGAAGGAUUCCUUGGCUGCUGAGUGGGCGAGAUACGGGAUCAGAGUGAACUCUAUCAGUCCUGGAUAUAUGGAUACGGUACUGAACGAGGGAGAUGGGUUGGAGGAAGCGAGGAACAUCUGGGCUGGUAGGAAUCCGAUGGGGAGGAUGGGGGCGGUGGGGGAGUUGGAUGGGGUUGUGGUGUUAUUGUGUUCAAGGGCGGGGAGUUAUGUCAAUGGGGCUGAUUUUGUUGUUGAUGGUGGUGCUACGGUAUUCUGA